GCCUUUGUAUAUCUACUUUUACCACAUCUCCACGUCUUCUUUUCCCUCAGCUGUACAUCCAUCCUGCGCUCGCCAGAGCGACUCCCACGCCCACGCACAACUAGAUACAACCCACAGCACGCAGCGUCAUUUCGAUGCUGCAUGCGUCAAACCUUCCACCAAUUCCCUCCCAAGCACCACUGCAUCUGAAUACUUCUGGUCUUGACAGCGCAGCGAGUUCUCCAAAGCAAUCUCCCGCAUCUCUUUUCAUCCAGCGGCUACAUUCGUCGAGACCUACGAGUUAUGAGACCGCCUCAAACUCAUCAGGAGGAGCCGAGAGCAGUUCGCAAGGAGCGGCAGGGACAGCAGACCUGAGCAGAAUGGGGAGUCUCAGAGGAGGAGUCAGUUUUGGUGAAGCGGCGUCCAACUUGUCACCACAGGCCAAUCCUGGCCAGGUCAAUACAAACACCUCGGUGGGAUAUACACCUCCUGCAGCGUCUCGCCACCCUUUGUUCUCCCACCAUGCUCUACCGGCACGCCCGCCCUCGUUCUCUCCUGCGCAUUCCAUAUCGCCGUCCUUCGUUUCUGACCCAGGUCCGUCCGGCCCACCGUCCCCGGCCGUAUCGGAUCUCUCCAAUUUCUCCUCCAGCGCCUUCUCGCCUGCAAGCGCAUUCCUCUCUCAUUUCAGCUCGUCCAGCUCAGCAUUACAACUGGCGCCUGAUGCGGAGGGCGCGAGAGUGAAAGAUUACACUCUGGGCAAGCUGAUUGGAAGAGGAGGCUUCUCAACGGUCAGAAAGGUGACUCUGCGCACCAGUGGAAAGGUUCUGGCUUGUAAGAUUGUCAAGAGAGAUGACCUGUCAGACAUGUCGGGGUCGUUGGAAAAGUUCGAGGAGGAAAUCAAGACAUGGCAGAACUUGCCCCCACACCCGUCCCUCCUUCCGCUUCUCGACAUGCAUAGGACGCCGAGCGCAACUUUUCUGUUCACGCCGUAUCUUCCCGGCGGGUCCUUGUUGGACAUGCUCAAGCGGGAAGGCGGAUCAGACAAGACUGCGCGGAAAUGGUUCCCUGGUGUGGUCUCAGCUGUAUCCGCCAUGCAUGAGGGCUUCCCCGGGUUUCCGGGCGGGUUACUGCAUGGUGAUCUCAAGUUGGACAACUUUUUGGUGGAUCAUCAAGGUAAAGUCAUGGUCUGCGACUUUUACAUGGCACAGAUGGUGGGCAGACAGGAGGAUAGAACGGCAACCAUCCCGCCGCCGCUUAACGCAGGGGUGAACAGGCACUCGACUUUGCCGAGCAGUUUUUCAAGAGGGUCGUCAAGGAUACCUUCUCCCUACCGUAGUCACAAUUCUCACACGCCACACCGCUAUCCCAACGAACACCAUUUACACGAGAACAGCCACGCUCCUAGCCCGGCGCAUACUCAGUCUUUCCCCUCUGCCUCCCUGCCAUACGCACCACCCGAGCUGCUACGUGCACCUCCUUUGGGACCUUCUCUCGCUCAGGAUAUAUGGGCGGUAGGCAUCGUCCUUCAUGCUCUUUUGACAGGAAGGCUCCCGUUUUUUGAUCCGUAUGAUCCUAGGCUUCAAAUGAAGAUCUUACGAGGGACGUGGGAGGAACCGCCCAACUUGGGUAAAGAAUGGCUCGAGUGUCUGAAAGGAUGUCUGGACGGGGACAGGGAGAGGAGGUGGACGAUAGUAAAAGUGAAGCAAAGCGAUGCGGUCUUGGGUUGGAAGGAAGUGCAGAGCAGGAGCAAGUCGAGGAGUCGGUCAAGGGUCAGAAUUGGAAGAGGUAUGGGCAUGGGUGACGGGUUUAUGGAUCCAAUGAGGAGAGAUGGAGCCAGUCAGCCUGUGCCCAUCAUGUCGUCUUCAUCGCUUAACCCAAGAGGCAAAAAGAGUUCGAGUGUCUCCAGAUCAAGAGACAGAGGACACAGUUUUCAAGGUGGUGUAUUCCCAGGAGAACAUGGCCGAACACCAUUCGAUCAUCCUCAUACUCUACAUCUCCAAGACCCACCGCCCCCACGUUCUCGGUCAGUCAGUGCAUCGCGCUCUAGAUCUUCCGGUCACCGCCCAAUGUUCACAUUCGAUGCGCCCGAGUUAUCCAGAAACCUCGAACAAGUUGACCUCAACCGCGGUCGGUCCACUCACCGCGGCCUCCCCCCGGGCUCUACUUGGAACCUCUCCGUCCCGCCUAGCAGCUCCAGCUCAUCAUCCUUAUCAUACGCUCGUACUCAGGGUACACCCUCCAAUCAGGGCACGCCCGUUCCCGUCCCCGCUGCCGAUCCGUCAUACUCCAGGGCUGCUUCUCGCUCAAGGUCACAGAGCGCACACAAAGGUGGAGGGAUGCCACCCCAACCGGUACCGGUCCAGUCUUCAGGAUUCAAGGGCGCGAUGCCGAUGGGCUUCACGGAGAGUGGCUUAGGGACUGCGUAUAGUCGACCGGCAGGUGCGGCGGGGGUUGCGAUGCCGGUACCUAUGAUGACGCCCAAUUCCAAAUCACGUUCCAGAUCAAGACACUCUCAACAGUCCCAAGCUAGCACAUCACCCUCCGUUUCUCGCUCUCGCAGCCAAGCGCGCGACUCACCCGCUCUUUCUGCCGGCGCCGGCGGCGGUCACAUGGGUUGGGGCGAACCACCAUAUAGCCCAUGGGCUGAAACCACUCCGGCAGUCACACCUGGUUUGGGUUCUGGUACCCCUCUCACUCAGGCGAGAAGGAGUGGUUCUCAGUUUGAGAGGUAUGAAUACGGUCAAGGGCUUGGUGCGGUGCAUGAGGAAGAUAGAGGGAGGGAUAGGGGAGUCAGGAGUAGGGAGCCGAGUAUGAAUAGAGAACAAAGGGAUCAGAGUAGGGGGAGGAAGGGGAGGCCUGCGUAUCGGUCUGGUGAGAGCUUUGGCAGGAGUUGAGGGACAGGAAAGGGAAAAAAAGGGGGGGGGGAAGAAGCAUCUCUGUAUUAACAGCAUGUGAGGGAUUAGCAUAGCAUGUGUGUGUAUAAUUAAGAAGCAAUCUACAAGCAAUCCAUA